AUCAGAUUUUGGCUGUCAGGAAGACAAACCGAGAUCUGCGCGAGUCUGAAGUUUACAUGUGUUCACGCAACAUUCAUACAUGAAUACCGAGGUGUCGGUGCUGUACUUUGCCAAAAGUGCCGAAUUAACGGGACUUAAAGCGGAGAUUAUUACCGUUCCUUCAAACAUAUCGUCUGUGCAGCUCUGGCAGGAUUUGGAGAACAGACACCCAAGGCUCUCUGUGCUGCGGGGUAAGGUGGUUCUGGCUGUGCGUCAGGAGUUUGUGUCUCUGUGUGAGCAGCCGCUAAGCCUCAGGGACGGAGACGAGCUGGCCAUCAUCCCGCCACUCAGUGGAGGAUAAACUAACUCCAGAGGUAUGGCUGCCGAUGGGGGUCGAGAUCUAAUAACUCUCACCACUGACAAACUUUUUGCUGACAGAGUGUCUGAAUCGGUUACAUGUCCUUCCUGUGGUGCUGUUUCUCUGUUCAUUGGGACUACCAGAGAUAAUUUCGAGGGUAAGAAAGUGGUCCGGCUUGAAUACGAGGCCUACGCUCCAAUGGCAGAGUCUAAACUGAAGAAGAUCUGCAGUCACAUCAGGACAAAGUGGCCCAGUGUGAGACACAUUAACAUACAACACCGACUCGGUCUGGUUUCUGUAACCGAAGCGAGUGUUAUUAUUGGCAUCUCAUCACCGCACAGAAGUGACUCCCUGGAAGCGCUCAAAUAUUGCAUCGACACACUCAAAGCUACUGUGCCAAUCUGGAAAAAGGAAAUAUACGAGUCCGGGGAGCCUUGCUGGAAGGAGAACAAGGAGUGUUUGUGGGCGGAUGGUGGAAAACAUCCCAAAGAAAGCUGAAAAAGUCCACUAGUAAAUGAGCUACAGUAAAUCUCAUGAAGCAUCAAGGAGGUUUUAUUGCAAAAAUAAAAAGCCUACAGUUCACCUGGAGAAACACAAAUAAAGAUACUAAUCAAAACAGUUCAUCUUACAGUUUAAAUGUAUUUUUAAAGAAUAGAUGCCUUUUAAAAAGUGCAACAACAUUAUGUAAACAUGAACUAAACGCUUUGGAGCUCAUUAGUAGUUAGACCUGUUUUCCAAAGACAUCACACCGUCAGCAGAAGGCAAAACCCUGAAUUCUCAUAUCUUAACAUUGUACUGGCAACGCUUUAUAUUACUUUUAUCAUUUAAAAAUUUUAAAUAAAGCCUAAUAUUAUUAUUAA